CGUGCCGCGUGACAGCCGCCACACUCGCUGGUAGUUGAAGCGGAGACGCAACGGGGAAAAUCCGUACGGCUACAGAAGAAGGGGUGGGGGCGCAGGAGAGAUGAUAAGGAUGGCGGCGGCGUCUCCGCCACCUGCGUCCGCCGUGCGGCUGCGCGGCUGCGGCGGCGCGGCGGUGUCCUCCUCCUCGGCGUGCCUCUUCAUGGGGUCCCGGAGUAGAGUCGCGGCGUCAAGUUGGAGCGGGAGGAGGAGGAGGAGGAGGUGCGCCAUCUCGUGCUGCUCGGCCGAGGACGGGGAGGUGCCCCGCUCGGCUACGCCGUCGACCCCCGCGGCGCCAUCCGACGGGUCGAUACAACUCUACUCCCAGAUCGAGAGGGUGAUCACGGAGGCGGCGAAGCAGUCUCGGGAGGGCUGGGGUUCGACCGGAGAUUGGACCGAAAUUGAUGGAUCGUGGGUGUUGAGACCCAAGUCCUCGGAGCCCUCGUUUGUUGUCCAUUUCGUUGGUGGGAUUUUUGUCGGUGCCGCGCCGCAGAUCACAUACCGCUUCUUCCUCGAGCGUCUUGCGGACAGGGGAGCUUUGGUGAUUGCUACGCCGUAUGCCAGCGGCUUUGAUCAUUUCUUCAUCGCAGAUGAAGUUCAAUUUAAGUUUGACAGGUGCUUGAGAAACUUGGCUGAACCUGUAAAUGACCUUCCAACAUUUGGUGUUGGACAUUCCUUGGGAUCUGUCAUCCACCUUCUGAUUGGAUCAAGGUAUGCUGUGCAGCGAAGUGGAAAUAUACUGAUGUCCUUUAACAACAAGGAGGCAAGCUCCGCGAUCCCAUUAUUUUCACCUGUAAUUGUUCCCAUGGCACAGAGUUUUGGCCCAAUAUUAUCCCAGCUGACAUCAUAUCCGACAAUCCGUUUUGGGGCAGAAGCAGCCAUUAAGCAGCUUGAGAAUCUAAGCCCUCCUGUUGUUAAGCAACUUCUUCCUUUACUUCAACAACUUCCUCCUUUGUAUAUGGACUUAGUAAAAGGCCGAGAAGACUUCAUUCCAAAACCGGAAGAGACACGUCGGCUGAUAAAAUCAUACUAUGGAAUUUCUCGGAACCUCUUAAUAAAGUUCAAAGAUGAUCAAAUUGAUGAAACAUCUACCCUUGCGCAAGUUCUAAGCUCUGAAGCAGCCAUUAGCUCGCUGCUUGAUAUGUCGAUUCGAUCGCUUCCAGGGGAUCAUGGUAUGCCAUUACAACAGGUUCUUCCUGAUGUUCCACCAGCAAUGGCUGAUGCAGUGAACCGUGGAGGUGAACUUCUGGCAAAUCUGACAACAGGCACACCAUGGGAGGCUGUUGCUAAAGAGGUUGGUACCUCUUUGGGUACUGACUCAGGCAUUCUACGAGCACAGAUCUCAAAGGAUGUUGACACACUUGUCGAUGUUAUUGCUUCAUGGAUAUCAUCAAAUUCUGGUCCAAGACUACUACGUUCAUGAUCAUCCAUUAUCCGUACAGGAAUGUCAAUUCCAAUGAACAUCAUCAGGAUUUUACUGACGAACUUAGAGCAUUAUGCCACGUCGAUGGAGAAUGGAAGGAUGCACAGCACUGGCAUAGGAGCUUUGGUGAACUAGUCAUCUUAACCCAGUGGCAAAGGCAAGAUCUCGUUCCUCAGAUGUUAGUCUGUAAUCAACGAUGGAUUUAUGGUAAAUGAUAUAGGCUUAUAAGGUGCUUAAGUAAGGUAGAGUAUUUCUCCUCUUUAAGUGUAUAAACUCUUAUUUUCAAGAUGAAUAUGGGUAAGGAAGCCCAAACAUAGGCAACACAAUUACUCUAAAUAGCUAUUGCAUGAUAAGUCUUCAUUUACUCGUAA